AUGGGCCUAGUCGAAGACGUCGCUGGGAACCUCUCCUUGAAGAAUACCCCGAUCAUAUUUGGCGGGGUGCUUCUCGGCUUGAUAGUCUUUAGAUACUUGCAGGUAGUAUGGCAGAGUUUCAGAAUCGCCAGAAUGGGUUUGCGGCCUCCCAAGAUCCGCGACAGUGGACUGUUUGGCAUCAAGUUCAUCAGGACCACCAUUAAGAUGGCAGCUGAGCACAAAACCCUCCAGUUUUGGCAGCAGAUGUUCAGAAGUAUUGGUGGGUACACUGGCGAGGUUAGGCUUGCUGGUCAUCGAAUUAUCUUUACCUCGGAGCCGGAAAACAUCAAGGCUAUUCUAGCCACCCAGUUUGAAGACUACGGCAAGGGCGAAGGCUUCCAUCAGGAGUGGAAGGAUUUCUUGGGUGACAGCAUCUUCACGACCGAUGGCGAUCUUUGGCAUGCCAGCCGUCAACUAAUCCGUCCCCAAUUCAUCAAGAACCGUGUCAGUGACUUGCAAUGUUUUGAAAAUCAUAUGCAAAUGCUUUUCCGCACAAUCGCCAAUGGAGGAGCCCUAAAUGGUGAGGAUCAGAUGGUCGACAUGGAAGCUGGUAAUGGAAAGCCGGUCGAUAUCAGCGAUCUCUUCUUUCGUUACACUUUGGAUGCCGCCACCGAUUUCCUGCUUGGCAAAGAUAUCAAGUCGUUGAGUACCCCGGUACAACCUUUUGCCGACGCGUUCCAGGAGGUACAACGGGUGCAGAUCCUCAUCGCCAGGGCCGGACCUCUCAACCGUUUUGUACCGAGAAAGACCUUUUGGGAAGGAUUGAAAGUCAUCGACGAGACUAUCAACUUCUACAUUGAUCGCGCCCUUCGACUUGACGAGGAGGAGCUCGCGAGCAAGUCCAAGGGAGACGAGGGCUACACUUUUCUCCAUGCCCUUGCUGGUUUCACCAAAAACCGCCAAGUGUUGCACGACCAGCUGAUGGCCGUUCUCCUUGCCGGACGUGACACAACAGCUUGCACCCUCUCAUGGACAAUAUACGAGCUCGCCCGCCAUCCCGAAGCUGUGGCGAAGCUACGCGCCGAGAUCCUCUCCGUUGUCGGACCUGACCGCGCUCCCACAUAUGACGAUCUCAAGAGCAUGAAGUACCUUCAAAAUGUCAUGAACGAGACUCUGCGGCUGUACCCCGUAGUUCCUUUCAAUGUACGGAUGGCCCUCAAGGACACUACUCUCCCCCGUGGCGGUGGUCCUGAUGGCUCUCAGCCAAUUGCUAUUCUCAAGAAUACACCCAUCGGUUAUAGCCCUCUUACCAUGCAGCGCCGACCCGAUCUGUACCCUCCCGUCAGCGAGAAAUUCCCAGAUGUUGAGAUGUUCUCUCCAGACCGCUGGUUCCACUGGCAGCCUAAGCCGUGGCAGUAUAUCCCGUUCAACGGAGGCCCCCGUAUCUGCAUCGGCCAGCAAUUCGCCCUUACCGAGAUGGGAUAUGUGCUGACGCGACUGUUCCAGCGAUACGACCGGGUGGUGAGCUACAUGGAUGAAAUUGAUGGAGGCAAGCCGAGGAUGAAGACUGAUAUUGUCUUGAUGCCUGCCGAUGGAGUCAAGGUCGCGUUCUUUGAGGCGAAGCGGGAAUGAUUUGUUUGAACCAGUAGCAUUGUAUAUACCUACCUACGACGGAAGACUUUGGCAUCCCCGGUUUAGGCGGUUCAUCUCUUUGCUCAUAAUACCACUGGUACUUCUCAUCAAGUACAACGUUUCGCUACUCCAUUUAUGUUGGCUACCAGUUCUUGUAAACUUGCUCUAUGCCAAUGUCGUACCCAUAUCCAAAAGGAACGCUUUACACCAAAAAUCAUGUUCCAUCAAUAGCCAACCAUGACACUGAUCACAACUUGAAGCUCUCUCUGAUGGCCUCUCCAAACCUUCUAAUUGCCUCUGUCAUGUUCUCGGCCGUUGCUGCCGCAAACGUCGCGCGGAAGAAGAGCUCGUUCGGCUCUGUAUCUUGUUCAGCGCGGAACCAAGAUCCUCGAGCGACCAAAACGCCCCUGGCAAUGCAAGAAUUGAAGAUCUCCUCUUCAACUUCCAAAAUGCCUUUCCCAGCCUGGAUACCGGGGUGCUGGGAGUGGUCGAUCUUGAGCCAGUAAAACAUGCCAGCAACAGGCACAGUCCAGCUCACCACCUCCUUGGGCAAGAACUUCUCAGCCGCCGUCACCAUGGUAUCCCUCCGCUUGGUAUACUCCUGCCUCAGAUUCAUCAACCACUUGAAGUACCCCUCAUGUCCCCAUUGCUCGUCCAGCAGCUUGUACAGGAUCACCUGUGAGAUGCCGUUGGCGCCUUGGUUGCACACCUCGGCGUGCCGGAGGUACUGCUCGAUGAUAUUCUCCGAGGCCGUCACCCACCCGACACGCGACCCCGGAACGACCACCUUGGAGAAGGAAUCCAUGCGCAGGACGCGGCCAUCGACAUCCAGGGACAAGAGGGAGGGGAUGAGUGAGGACAUGAAGGAUUCCACUGUCUCCUCCUCCUUGCCCUCGCCCUCUUUCGCAGCCGUGGUCCCCGAUUCCGUCUCCUUGGACUCCUCCAACGGCAUCUGAAGGUAAUAAUACGGCUCAUCCUCAAUCACAAACAAAUCAUGCUUCCUCGCCACCUCAUACACCUGCUUCCUCCUCUCCAACCCCUGCGUGGUGCCCGUGGGAUUCUGUCCGCUCGGCACCGUGUACAGCACAUGCGGCUUCCUCCUGCCCUCUCUCUCUUCCGGAUUCCAGUUCGACAAAAGCUCAUCCAUGGCUUCCGGCAACAACCCUUGCCCAUCCAUCUUGACACCCACCACCUUCAAAUCCAACGGCCCCGCCGUCUCCAGAGCCGUGGAGAACGAAUACUCCUCCGUCAAGAUAGAAUCACGCCUCCCCGGCCCGUCACAGAGCAUGCGAAGAGUCUGCUCCAGAGCACCCGUGCUGC